AUGACCGAAGAUGAUGAUCAAGAAUUAUUUAGUAGAAAAUUUCAAACUCGUGAAGAACUCCUUGACGAGGUUAAGAAAUUUAAUGAGUCAAGAGGAUAUGUAGUCUCCAUAAAGGAUUCCCGCAAAGAUCGAUAUGUGACCCUUGGUUGUGAUAGAGGCGGAGUUUAUCGAGACAGGCGUAAAACAUUGAUUACAAGUCAAGAUAGAGAAACAAGCACUCGUCUGAUAGACUGCCCGUUUCGUAUACGAGGUAAGAAACAAGAAGAUGGGGUUUGGUCUCUUCAACUACAAAAUAGUUCUCAUAACCAUGAACCUUGUGUUGACUUGUGUGGACAUCCUACUUCUCGUAGGUUAACAAAAGAAGAAAGUUUAGAUGUUGAAAAAAUGAGUAUGUCGGGAAUUCAACCUCGACAAAUUUUGUCUUCUCUUAGACAAAAGAAUCCUUCCCUUAAAGCGGUAUCAAGGACCAUAUAUAAUAUGAAGUCUAAAAUCCGAACAGAUAAGUUAGAUGGUCGUUCAAUGAUAAAAGCCUUAUUUGAUGAACUUGGUCAUGGGGGAUUUACUUACAACUACAAACAUGAUGAUGGAGGACAUUUGACACACGUAUUUUUUUCUCACCCAAAGUCAAUUAGUCUAACUAAGUCAUUUCCAACUGUGUUUGUUAUGGAUUGCACUUAUAAGACUAAUAAAUACAAGAUGCCUUUGCUUGAUAUAAUUGGUGUAUCGAGUUUCAAUAAAUCUUUUUAUUCUUGUUUUGCCUUCCUAGAAAAAGAGAGGGAACAAGAUUAUAUAUGGGCUUUACAAAUGUUUUCUAACAUGAAGGGUCACUCAUCUGAUGACUUGGUUAUUGUUACAGAUAGGGAAUUAGCAUUAAUGAAUGCUAUACGAGUUGUGUUUCCUAGGGCAAAACACAUUUUAUGUGUGUGGCAUAUACAAAAGAAUGUGUUAUCCAAGUGUAAGGGCUACUUUAAUAAAGAAAAUUGGGAUGAUUUUGUGUCAGCAUGGAAUACUAUUGUAUAUGCUAAGACAAAAGAAGCAUAUGAUAAAGCUUGGGAUUCUUUUAGAGUUUUAUACAUGGAAAAGAAAGAUGUUAUUGAUUACAUAAGAAGUUCAUGGAUACCAUAUAAGGAGCGAUUUGGGAGUGCUUGGACAGAAAAAUAUGCACAUUUUGGCAACCGUGCCAGUUCAAGAGCAGAAGGUGCACAUGCAAAAUUAAAGGGUUACCUACUAGUGUCAACAGGAGACUUUCGACAAGUAAGAGACAAGAUUUCUCUUGCCAUUGAUAAUGAAUAUCAAGAGAUAAAGACAUUGCUUGAAACAGAAAGAAUUCGAAUACCUCACAAGUGA